AGAGCAGCUGCUCACAGCACAUUCUCCUCGGCGGGAGCAUUCACUUUCCUGUGCGCCUGCUGGGCUGCAUCUCUAUUCCUCUUUCUCUUUUUCUGUUUCUCUACUCUCUUUACUUUCUGUCUUGCUCCCUCUUUUCCUGCGCUUACUUUUAUUUGCCCUUCUAAAGCAUGUGCUUACUGUCACUGUGUAGAGCUUUGGGCAUCUAGCUGUUAUUUCUUUAUGCAGUAACAGGUAGAUAUCAUCUCCACACCGCUCAGCCCAGAACAGAAGAUGGACCCGUGUGUGUUUUAUGUGUAAAGUAAAGCUUAAGACAGGAGGCACAGGUGGAAAAGCGGGACAAGAAGAGAGGAAUAGGAGGUGGUGGAGAAGGAAAGGGUGUCAGCGUCACCUCCUGUAAAGCUCCUCUUGACAACAUGCUGCUCUGUGUGGAUUUGGUUCUCAGGGGAAAAUCGUUAAAAUGAUGGAAGAUAACAAACAGCUGGCACAGAGGAUUGAUGGGGCCAUCCAGUCCGCCAGUCAGGAAGUGACCAACCUCCGCUCUGAGCUCUCGGCCACCAGCCGCAGACUGGCAGAGCUGGGCGCCAGCAGCCCUCCUGCCUUGGUGAACCACCACCAGCACAACCACCACGAUGACAGUCUCCACUAUCGGGAUCCAUCGAUGCAUCACAGACAGAAGACAGUGGUAACGGACAUGUGCUACCCAACAGAGAUAUCCAGCCUCAUGGACUUUGGCACUCCAGACUGCUCACUAGGCAAAGUGUUGUUGCAUGAGGAGGUGGCCCAGCUUCAGGAGGAGGUCCACCUGUUGAGGCAAAUGAAGGACAUGUUGAGCAAGGACCUGGAGGAGACCCAGGGAGGCUGCUCUGCCAACGUGCUGUCCGCCACCGAGCUCCGCGUGCAGCUGGGUGACAAGGAGCAGGAGCUGGACCGUGCCAAGGAGGCCUUACAAGCCAUGAAAGCAGACCGCAAGCGUCUAAAAGUGGAAAAGGCAGACUUAGUGAGUCAGAUGCAGCAGCUGUAUGCAACACUGGAAAGCAGAGAGGAGCAGUUGCGAGAAUUCAUACGCAACUACGACCAGCACAGAAAGGAGAGCGAGGAUGCGGUGAAGGUGCUGGCCAAGGAGAAGGACAUGCUGGAGAGGGAGAAGUGGGACCUGAGGAGGCAGACCAAAGAAUCCACGGAGCAGGCCAACAUCCUUCGUUCUCAGCUGGACAUGAAGGAGAAUAGGAUUAAAGAGCUGGAGGCUGAGCUCACCAUGGCAAAGCAGUCUCUAGCCACUCUGACAAAGGACGUCCCGAAACGGCACUCGCUGGUCAUGCCGACAGAGCCGGUGGUCAAUGGCAGCCAGGAGUGGGUGAUGCAGGCCGACCUGCCGCUCACGGCUGCCAUCCGCCAGAGCCAGCAGACGCUCUACCACGGACACACCACAGACAGACAAGCGGUGGUCAGGAUCAGCCCCUGCCACUCUCGCCAGCCCUCUGUGAUCUCUGACGCCUCUGCGGCUGAUGGGGAUCGCUCUUCCACACCGAGUGACAUCAACUCACCUCGUCACCGGACCCACUCCCUCUGCAAUUCUAUGGAAGACCUGGAGGAGCAGAAACGUAAGAAGAAGAAGGAGAAGAUGACUCUGGGAUCCCUUUCACGGGUGUUCACUCGGGGAAAGCAACGCAAGUCACUGGACCCCGGCUUAUUUGAUGACUCUGACAGCCCACAGCACAGCCUGUCUGACGGAGAGGAGCACCUGGACCGCCUCCAGCAGGCGGAGCUCACAAGAAACACAUGCAUGUCGCUGUGGAGGGCAGGAGCGGUCCAAGCCUGGCUGGAGGUUGUCAUGGGAAUGCCCAUGUACGUCAGAGCCUGUUCAGAAAAUGUCAAAAGUGGCAAGGUGCUGCUGGGCCUGACAGAUGAUGAUCUAGAGCUCGGUCUGGGCAUCAGUAAUCCAAUUCAUCGCAGGAAAGUAAAACUGGCCAUUGAGGAUUACAGGAGAGCUGAAGGGCAGCAGGGACUAUCAAAAGCAUCUGAGCUGGACCAUCACUGGGUUGCAACAUCAUGGCUGAGCGACGUGGGGCUGCCUCAAUACUCCCAAGUCUUCCAGACUCACUUAGUGGAUGGACGAGUGCUGAACUCUCUCAGCCGCAGAGACCUGGAGAGGUUCUUCAACAUUGGCAACCAGUUCCACCAGAACAGCCUUCUUCUGGCAAUCCAGAUCCUGCAGAUGCUGAGCUUUGACAAAGAGGCCCUGCAGACGAGGCGGACAAAAUGUGAGCACCAAAACCGGGACCCCGUUGUUUGGACUUGUCACAGAGUGAUGAAGUGGAUCAGAGACAUAGACCUCAAGGAGUUUGCAGACAAUCUUCAGGGUAAAGGCAUUCAUGGCGCAGUGAUUGCUCUGGAUCAGUCGUUUGACGCAGACGCCAUGGCCAAAGCCCUGGGAAUCCCCAGCAACAAACACAUGCUGUACAGACACCUUUAUCAAGAGAUGAAGCUGCUCACUGUUCCUCUCCGGUAGUUCAGACAUCCUUUUACCAUUUUGGACAAAUAAAACCACUAUUUUGAUUCACUGGCAUCAAGUGCAACAUCUGGAACCUGAAUAAUAAAUUGUAAAAU